AUGCGGGCGCAAGAUCCUGCUGUCCUGUUCUUGGCCGAGACAUGGGCAGACGAUGAUAGGCUUUCUAAGAUUUGUGAUGACUUGCAUUUUGAUGAGAAAUGGGUAGUUCCUAGAGUGACAAGGGCUGGCGGUUUGGCCCUCUUAUGGAAGAAUACAAUUCAGAUUGAUGUGGACUCCUCUUCGCUCAACCAUAUAGACGUUAUAGUCAACAAAGAGAAGGAGGAUUCAUGGAGGUUCACGGGUAUUUAUGGGUUUCCGGAGGCUAGCCGGAAAAGUGAUACUUGGAGCUUACUGCGUACUCUCCAUCGGAAAUACACCCUUCCAUGGUUGUGCGCCGGCGACUUCAAUGAAAUUCUAAUGUCACACGAAAAGCUUGGAGGGGGACUAAGAAGUGCAGCAGUGAUGAGUGAAUUCAGAGAAGUUGUGGAUGAUUGUGGGUUCAUGGACUUAGGUUUUGUGGGGAAAAAAUAUACUUGGAGAGGCAAGAGAGGUAAUACCAUGGUAUUGGAGAGACUUGACCGUGCUCUUGCUACUCAUUCAUGGCUUGCUCAGAAUCCAGCUACUAGAGUUCAUUGCUUUCGGUCCAAUGUUUCGGAUCAUUAUCCCAUUAUUAUUAAUCCUGAAGGGGUUGCAGAUAGACCUUGCAAACCCUUUAGGUUUGAACACAUGUGGUUGAAAGAAAGUGGGUGUGGUGAUACUGUCAAGGAAGCAUGGCUGUCUCCUUCCCCUGAUUCAAGCUCUCCGUUCAUGCAUGAAAAAAUAAAGCUUUGUGGUAUUAGGCUUAUGGAGUGGAGCAAGAGAUCCUUUGGCAGCGUGAGGAAGCAGUUGGGGGAAAAAUCAAAACUUUUGGAAAAGGCUGAAUUUGCUGCGGCAAGAGGAGCAGAUUAUGAGCCAGUGAGAUUACUAAAAUUGGAGGUUAAUGAAUUGUUGGACAAAGCGAGCCUAAUGUGGCAGCAGAGGGCUAGAGCUUUGCAUCUUAAGUGUGGUGAUCAAAACACACGGUUUUUCCACAACAAAGCUUCUCAGAGAUUUCGACGCAAUAGGAUUAUGGGUUUAUUGGAUGAUUCUAAUUCAUGGUGCACAGAUACUAAGCAGGUGGCUGAUAUUAUAGUUGGGUUUUAUUCGAGGUUGUUCACAUCGGAGAGACCAGCCAAUGCCCAAGGUAUUUUGGAAGUGAUACAACCAAUAGUCACUGAAGAAAUGAACACCAACCUAACUAGAGAAUUUACGAGACAAGAGGUUGAUCUUGCUUUGAAGGAGAUGGCCCCACUUAAGGCUCCAGGACCCGAUGGUAUGCCUCCUCUUUUCUUUCAGUCUUUUUGGCCUUUGAUUGGUGAUGAUGUCUCUAAAGCUGUCUUGGAUUGUUUACAUUCUUGUUAUAUCCCUAAAGAGUUCAAUUUCACAUAUGUGACUCUUAUUCCUAAAGUGAAAAAUCCUGUAAAAAUUGCUGAGUUCAGACCGAUAAGUUUGUGUAAUGUUAUUUAUAAAUUGAUUUCAAAGGUUCUAGCAAACCGAUUGAAAGCUUUAUUGCCUUCUAUUGUGUCUGAGAAUCAAAGUGCCUUUCAAGCUGGGAGGGUAAUCACAGACAAUAUCCUCAUGGCAUUUGAAACUUUACAUUACAUGAAAACUCAGCAAACUGGCUCCACAAGUUUUAUGGCUCUCAAACUCGACAUGAGUAAGGCGUAUGACCGAGUUGAAUGGUCUUUCUUGGAAUGCUUGUUAAGAAAGUUGGGUUUUCAUAACCGUUGGGUUGAUCUUAUGAUGGAGUGCAUUACUACUGUCUCUUACUCCAUUCUGAUCAAUGGGGAGCCUUCACAAACCAUCUAUCUUAGCAGAGGAUUGCGACAAGGGGAUCCUAUCUCUCCAUACCUAUUCCUCCUUGUUACAGAGGGUUUGCAUGGCCUUAUUUCAAAAGCGGCCACUUCUGGUGAUAUUAGAGGUAUAUCUAUAUGCAGGAAUGGACCUCGCUUAACCCACUUAUUUUUUGCAGAUGAUAGUCUUCUUUUCUGUAGAGCUUCUUUACAGGAAUGCAAUCACAUACAAACCCUUCUGGCUACUUAUGAGCAAGCUUCUGGGCAACAGCUUAAUCGGGAAAAGACAACGCUGUUUUUCAGUAAAAAUACGGGCAUAGAGGUCCAAGAAUCUAUCAAAGAUUUGUUCGGGGUUCCGGAGAUAAAGCAGUAUGAAAAAUACUUAGGCUUACCAUCUUUUGUGGGUAAGCGAAAGAAAGCAAGCUUGGCAUACAUUAAAGAUCGGAUUUGGUCUAAGCUCCAAGGGUGGAAAGAGAAGCUCCUCUCCCAAGCUGGUAGAGAAGUCCUUCUAAAGGCUGUGAUACAAGCGAUCCCAGCCUACUCUAUGAGUUGCUUUAAACUCCCUAUUUCACUUUGCCAGGAGAUUGAGACUUUGAUUCGUCAGUUUUGGUGGGGACAACGUGGUACAAGAAGACGUAUUCAUUGGGUAAAAUGGCGCACUUUGUGUAGGUCAAAAGCCUAUGGAGGUAUGGGGUUUAGGGAACUCAGAAAUUUUAAUGACGCCAUGCUCGCCAAGCAAGUAUGGCGCCUAUUAAAAAAUCAAGACUCCUUAUUUUACAGGUUCUUUAAAUCAAAAUAUUUCCCUCAUGGAUCUAUUUUUGAUGCUAAAGACACUAAAGGCUCUUUUGCAUGGAAAAGCAUUUUGAAGGGUAGAGAGCUCAUUAAGGGGGGAUUGAAAUGGAGAAUUGGAGAUGGUGCACAAGUGCGCAUUUUUCAUGAUUCUUGGCUGCCUGGGUCUCAACAUGGUAAGGUGGUUUCCCCUGCCCCUGAAAGCCAUGAAAAUGCCUUGGUGUAUAGCCUAAUUAACCAUGAAGAAAGGAGUUGGAAUGUGGAUGAGAUUGACAGAGUAUUCUUACCAGAGGAGGCAGCCACCGUUAAGGCUAUCCCACUGAGUUUGUUUGCUCAGAACGAUCUUCCCUUUUGGCCGUUUUCCCGUGAUGGAAGGUUUUCGGUAAAAUCUGGUUAUCACCGUUUAAUGGAGCUUGAUGAAACAGAGAUGCAUGGUACGACGCCCACUGGGAAUGCAGCUCCGGUUUGGAAGACCAUUUGGCGCAUGAACGUGCCAGAUCGUGUUAAGUCUCUCGUAUGGCGAGCUGGGAGAGAUGCCCUUCCUACACGAGUGAAUUUGGUCCGGCGAAGAGUCCUUACGGAUGCGUUAUGCCCAGAAUGUAAGGUGCAGUCGGAGGAUACGCAGCAUGCUCUCUGGUCCUGCCCGAUUCUAAAGGAUGUGUGGAAGGUGAAUUUUGAGAAGCUUGUGACAGACACGGGAUCUUGCUCCAAUUUUCUGGAAGUUCUGGAACGUGCAGCAGCGGAAAAACCGUCGUUGGAUCUGUUUGCAAUGAUCGUAGCAGAAAUAUGGCAGCGCCGAAACAAAGCUCGUGUGGGAGAGCCUACUGUACCGGUCUGCCAGGUUGCUCUUAAGGUCACUUGUGCGCUUCAGGAAUUCCAGCAACUCCGCCCCAUCCAUGCUGUGAUUCCAAGAACAGCCCGUGCAGUAAAAUGGAGGCCUCCCUCUGCAACAUGUGUGAAGGCGAACUUCGACGAUGCUAUCUUUUCCCAAGAUGGACUAGCUAGCGCCGGAGUGAUAAUCCAAGAUGAGCAAGGAUUGGUUAUGGCUGCUUUAUCACAACAAAUUCCAUCACCUGCUUCGGUGGAGAUGGUGGAGGUGUUAGCAGCUCGUCGGGCUUUGGUUUUUGCUAAGGAACUUGGGUUUGAUAGGUUGAUCUUGGAAGGUGACUCUGAGACAGUUAUCAAGGCUAUUCUUGGUGACUAUAUGGACUGCUCCUAUUUGGGUCAUGUACUGAAGGAUAUUAAGUUCUUGUUUUCUAGUUUUUCUUUCAUUUCAGUCAAGCAUAUUCAUAGGGAAGGGAAUUGUGUUGCUCACAAACUUGCUAGACGGGCUAUUAGAGAUCCUUUUCUUGUCUGGAUGGAGGCUGUUCCUCCAGAUAUUUUUGAUGUUUAUCAACUUGACCUCCUGAGGAUGCAUUAA